AUGACCACCUUCUCAUCUCGCGUCGCUCAACCUUCGUCGACACGCAAUCACUCCUCGCUCGCUCUCCGCUUGAGUGGAAUGUUUGGUUGUUCGAUUAUACAGAAGAGCUCGGUGAAGGUGGGUAAGAUCCAGAAGAUAUUCAUCACACACACCCAUGGCGAGCGACCAUAUAUUCGGGUGAUUCCGCUCCUUGCAAUGCGCCUCAACGGCGCCGGAGGCAUGGUCGACGGGGCCGAGGAUCCCCGCACCUCCACGGCGACCCCCUGGGAGCUGUGCCGAUCUACGGCCUCUGGCACGCGCGCGUACGUCCGCGCCGGCCUGCUCUACACCCACACCCUCCUCGGCGCCCCCUACGCCGUGCACGAACUGCGCCUCGCCUCCGACCCGCCCGAGGGCGACCAUACCGCGCUCCCCCCGCACGUAAUGGAACGUCCCGGGCGCAACAUCGUGCAAGACGCGGAGGGGGCCUGGCCCGAGAUCUUCGCCGACCCGCUCGUCACCGUCUCCGCCGCGCCCAUCCUGCACUCGGUGCCCUGUGUUGGGUUCGUCGUUGCCGAGCGACCCAUCCCAGGCAAGAUGGAUCCGAAGAAGUACCUCCAGGAGCUGAAGCGGACGGGAACGCCGAUGUCGGUGAUGAGCCAGCUGCAGCGCGGGGAGGCCGUCACACUGAAGGACGGCACGGUGCUGCGAGGACCGGAACGGCAGCCGGGGCGGAAGAUCGUCAUCCUGGGAGACACGUACGACCCGUCGCCCAUCGCACGACUCGCGGAGGACGCGUGCCUGCUCAUACAUGAGGCCACGAACGCGCAUCUCCCGGGAGUGGAUCCGAGCACGAAAACGGAAGACACGUACCUGAGCGUGGAGGAGCGCACCAAGUCCAGAGGCCAUUCGACACCACAGAUGGCCGGAGUAUUUGGGAAGAGAAUACGAGCCAGGAAAUUGCUUCUGAACCAUUUCUCUGCCCGAUACGCCGGCGAUGUUGACACGAACGAGGAGUCGAGAAAGAUUAUGGAUGCAAUCCGGGGCUUGGCCGAGAGUACAUUCGAGGGGGAAGUGGUAUGUGCGACAGACUUGAUGAGUGUGGACGUGAGGCCGAGGAGAGAUUAG